AUGGCCCGCCCAUACAUCAUCGGCGACUCAUCGCCCUUCCUCAAGCGCGUGCUGAUUCCGUUCUGGGUCGUCCGCAUCAUCAUCAUGCUCAUCCAGAUCGGCUUGUACGCCAUCGUGGUGACUGGCCUGAGCGUAUUUCGGGAUGAUGUGGGGCGCCUGUACGACGAGUACCACACGAGCCUCACCUACGACGGCGUCCUGGCCGUGUCGUGCGUGAUCAUGGGCAUCAUCCUGUUCUGCCUGAUCCUCGACAUCGUCUGCAUCAUCAUGCGCGCCAGGCGCACCCUGACGCCACCCUUCUUCCUCGGCGUCAACAUUGUGCAGAACGCGUUCUACAUUGCCAACUUCAUCUUGACCAUGAUCGGCGCUCGCAACGGGGUGGCCUCUAUCGCUAUCGGCGUUCUCAUCCUCCUCUCCUUCCUCGGCCUCCUCGUUUACGCCUCAGUGGUCUAUCACCAAUACCGCAAGGGCUCCCUAAACGGCGGCGCGUACGUCCAAGCCUCGGGCCAGGAAGGCCACAAGCUGGUCGCGCACACGGGCUACGCGGGCCACAACCACGAGGGUAUCCAUGACGUGCCGGUGCUGCCGCAGCAGAAGCAUCACUCGUACGGCGAGAGCCAGCCGUACGCCGCCCAGACGCCUGCGUAUUACAACCCGCACACUGUGGGGGCCACGCAGAACGAGUAUGCGCCGCAGGCGUACGAGCCGUUCCGGGGGCAGCAGCACCAUUCGGCGGUGUGA